AUGCCUAGAGAAAUUAUCAGUAUCCAGGCUGGACAGUGCGGAAACGCAGUCGGAUCGUCCUUUUGGCAAACGCUUUGUCAGGAGCAUGGAAUAUCACCGGAUGGAAAUCUCGAAUCUGUGGAGGAAGGAACCGAUAGAAAAGACGUAUUCUUUUACCAAUCCGACGAUACACGAUACAUUCCUCGCGCCAUCCUACUAGAUUUGGAACCCAGAGUGAUUCAUGGGAUCCAAACAGGCCCAUACAAAAAUAUCUACAACCCCGAAAACUUUCACGUCCCGAAGCAUGGAAGUGGUGCAGGGAACAAUUGGGCUGCUGGUUAUGCUAUGGGGGAGAAUGUUUAUGAAGAGGUUAUGGAAAUGAUCGAGAGAGAGGCAGACGGGAGUGAUUCAUUAGAGGGAUUUAUGCUGCUACAUUCCAUAGCUGGCGGUACAGGUUCAGGGCUCGGAUCUUUUCUUCUGGAGAGGCUCAAUGAUCGGUUUCCGAAGAAGUUGAUCCAGACAUACUCCGUCUUUCCCGAUACACAAAGCGUAGGUGAUGUCGUAGUUCAGCCUUACAACAGUAUGCUUGCUAUGCGACGCCUCACAGAGAACGCUGAUUCUGUGGUUGUCUUAGACAACGGCGCUUUGACUCGUAUAGCAGCAGAUAGGCUUCACGUCCAGGAACCCUCAUUUGCGCAGACCAACCAGUUGGUUUCGACUGUAAUGUCUGCUAGUACCACUACUCUCAGAUAUCCUGGGUACAUGCACAAUGAUCUUGUCGGAAUCAUUGCCUCCUUGAUACCCACGCCUCGUUGUCACUUUCUCAUGACAUCAUACACCCCAUUUACGGGUGAUAUCGUCGAUCAAGGUAAAACAGUCCGGAAAACAACUGUGCUAGAUGUCAUGCGCCGUCUGCUGCAGCCCAAAAACAGGAUGGUCAUGACAAAUACUACAAAGAAUAGUUGCUAUAUCUCAAUUCUAAAUAUCAUCCAGGGAGAGGCCGAUCCAACUGAUGUUCAUAAAUCUCUUCUUCGUAUUCGCGAACGAAGACUGGCGACAUUUAUACCUUGGGGACCUGCAAGUAUCCAAGUUGCCUUGACAAAGAAGAGCCCCCAUAUGCCGAUGUCACAUCGUGUUAGUGGGUUGAUGUUAGCGAAUCAUACCAGUAUUGCUACUCUAUUUAAGCGUAUUCUCGGCCAAUAUGAUCGUCUCAGGAAAAGAAAUGCGUUCUUGGAACAGUACAAAAAAGAGCCGAUUUUUGCCAAUGACUUGGGCGAGUUUGAUGAGGCUAGAGCAGUAGUUGCAGAUUUAAUUGCGGAGUAUGAGGCGGCAGAAAGCUCUGAUUAUCUUAACCCUAGUCCAGAGAGGGCGAGUGAAUCUUGA